CCUAGCUAAGGUAGUGUGAGUCAUGGUCAUCUCACCUUUACUGAAAUAAACUUGCAUGAAUUUGAUCUCAUUUCAAUUCUCAAAACUGUAAAAAACUGUGCUUUUUGAAAGGUCUCCCCCAAUCAUACUCAUACUUCUAGGCAUCAACUAAGAGAUUCAGCAUCUGCUCAGUGUUUACUUCCCUUCUUUUAAGAUCAAUUUCAGAUAAUAAUUCCAUCAUAUAAUUGCAUUUGCAUGUGCAGGUACCAAUCAGCUGCAUACCCUUCUCAAAUUUCAAUCCCCCAUAUCCAUACCCAUACCCAAUUACCCAUAUACCCAUGCCCAAUUAGGCAAUUACCCUCUCUUAUCUUCAAUCUAUCCAUAACUUAACUAUGGAGUCACUUGUUGCAGAGCAAAGUUGAAUUGACCGCCACAUUUAUAUAAUUUAUUAAUAGAAUUGGGCUUUUACUUUUUAGGGUUUUGAGAUGAAAUAAAGAUAAAAAAGCUGUUAUAGUGUUCAGAAGACAAUAUAUUCAGGGGUAUUUUCCUUUUUUCUCGCUUUUAUUUUUAUUUUUAUUGAUUUUAAAUUCUGGGUUUUUGUUUUUUUAUGUAUUUGGAGAGAGGAGAGAGAUUAUAAGGGUGAAAAAGUAUUGAUGAAGGUGAAAAUUGGUUGGAUUGAGAGAGGAAAAUGGUGAGAAUGUAACCCAUUUUUUAAAAACUAAUUUUGAAGGGGGAGAUGUUGGAAGUUGUUAGAGGAGACGGAGAAAAAAUGGAGCAAGAAUUUGAUUCAAAGAUGAGGAUUCAAGAUGAAUCAUCUAACAAUGGCAAUUGUAAUGGUGGUAUUCAAAGAGGCAAGAGUUUUCAAUUCAGGGCUCCCCAGGAAAAUUUUACUGUUGAAGAUUUUGAAUUGGGCAAGAUCUAUGGUGUUGGUUCUUAUUCUAAGGUUGUGCGGGCAAGAAAGAAGGAUACGGGCGUUGUUUAUGCUCUGAAGAUAAUGGAUAAAAAGUUCAUCACCAAGGAAAACAAGACUGCUUAUGUAAAGUUGGAAAGAAUUGUUCUUGAUCAAUUGGAUCAUCCUGGCAUUGUUCGGCUGUUCUUUACUUUUCAAGAUACCUUUUCUCUAUAUAUGGCCCUUGAAUCAUGUGAAGGCGGGGAGCUUUUUGAUCAGAUAACGAGGAAAGGCCGUUUGUCUGAAAAGGAAGCCCGCUUUUACGCUGCCGAAGUUGUGGAUGCUCUGGAGUAUAUUCAUGGUUUGGGUUUGAUUCACCGAGACAUUAAGCCCGAGAACUUGUUGCUUACCUCUGAUGGUCAUAUCAAGAUUGCUGAUUUUGGUAGUGUUAAACCUAUGCAAGAUAGUAGCAUCACAGUUCUCCCAAAUGCUGCAUCAGAUGACAAGGCUUGCACUUUUGUGGGAACGGCAGCAUAUGUGCCUCCAGAGGUCUUGAAUUCUUCACCUGCUACAUUUGGAAACGAUUUGUGGGCGCUUGGUUGCACCUUGUACCAGAUGCUUUCAGGAACCUCACCUUUCAAAGAUGCAAGUGAAUGGCUGAUUUUCCAAAAAAUUAUUGCGAGAGAUGUCAAAUUUCCAGAUUAUUUCUCUGAGGAGGCAAAGGAUCUCAUUGAUCAGUUGUUGUCUAUAGAUCCAAGCAAAAGACCUGGAGCUGGACCCGAGGGAUAUCGUGCUCUCAGAGGUCAUCCUUUUUUUCAUGGAGUUGAUUGGGCGAAGUUACGGGACCUUCCCCCACCUAAGCUUGUCAAGGAACCUAGGGCUCACUCUGGAGGAGCCGAUACUUCCCAGGAUCCAUGGAAUCCCGUACAUGUCGGAGAUGGUACGUCAAAGCAAAAUGAUGUGAACAGUGGUACCUCGUCAUCCACGGAAGGAACUAGUCACAUAACGAGACUUGCAUCAAUAGACUCUUUUGAUUCAAAAUGGCAGCAGUUCUUGGAACCUGGUGAAUCUGUUCUCAUGAUCUCGAUGGUUAAGAAAAUUCAGAAGUUAUCGAGCAAGAAGGUGCAGCUUAUUCUUACGAACAAACCAAAAUUGAUCUACGUCGAUCCAUCAAAAUUGAUGGUAAAGGGGAAUAUAAUUUGGUCUGAUAAUUCUAAUGAUUUGAAUCUACAAGUAUCGAGUCCUUCUCAUUUUAAGAUAUGCACGCCCAAAAAGGUGAUGUCAUUUGAAGACCCGAAGCAAAGAGCGUGGCAAUGGAAGAAAGCCAUUGAAGGACUUCAAAACCGGUGAAUCGUUCAGUUUAUUUUUUGUUGACAUAGCAAUACCUUGUUUUUUCUUCACUUGAAUAUAAUGUAAUGCACAGGAAUUUGAUAAUCUUCAUUGUUUAGUGAACAUUUAUGGAGAACUUUUAAUUCAAUAGAAAGGAUAUUAGAUCAAAUACAUGUUUUUCUCA